UAUGACAGUAGACUGACAAACUAUCUUAAUAUCUGAAGAAUAUCAAAAUAUUGUGAAAAACUUAGUAAAACUAAAAAAUAUACAUAUGAUUGUGAACAGCCUUUUGUUCAAAACAUUUCGAACAGCUACGUUUUCAGGCACUCGCAUUAUAGCUAGAAAUAUGUCCGGAAUUGUGGAAAAUACGAUCCGAAACAAGCUACAAACAUCUUUAGGAACCAAGCACCUCGAAAUAAUCAACGAGUCAUACAUGCAUAAUGUACCUAAAGGCGCGGAGACGCAUUUUAAAGUUGUUGUGGUUUCUGAUAAAUUCGAUGGACUGCCUUUGAUAAAGCGCCAUAGACUAGUGAAUGAAAUACUGAAGGAGGAGCUGCAGACUGGUGUCCAUGCGCUGUCCAUAGUAGCGAAAACUCCAGAGCAAUGGGACAACAGCGACAAGGUGGUUGAGAGCAGUCCUAACUGCAGAGGAGGAUUUGGAAAAUAAACUUAGUCUUCCUAUAAUAUUGUCAUAAUUUUUGUUAAAAUAAUAUGUAGUUCUUUAUAAAUUAAAAAGUCUGUAAAUAUU